AUGCGGGUCAGGAUGAUUUCAGCUGCCUCCGUCCUCGUCCUGCUCUUCCUGCCCUCGGAGACCUGCUCGCCCCUGCAGUGGCCCCGGGGACCGUCUCGCAGGCUGACCCUGGCCCCUCAACUCACCUGGGAGCCCUGGAUGGGAGCCCCGAGAUCUCCGGUCCCUGGCACCGAUCCCCUGCUUCAAAGACUGUGCCAGUUCCACGGGGCAGAGCCCAUCCCGGCCCCCCGAGCCCGGCGGGGGCUGCAAACCGGCAAGAGGCGAGAUGGAAAACCCAAUUCGUUGGAUCUCACCUUCCACCUCCUGCGCGAGUUCCUGGAAAUGUCCCGGGAGGAGAGACUUGCCCAGAAGGCGCUCAGCAAUAAACUCUUACUGCAGAGUAUAGGGAAAUGA